AUGUGUAGUAUGAACAAAAACAACUUAAGUUUGCCCCACAUUUUCCACCGUAGAAACACUGUGGAUUAUUCUCGUGACCCACAAGAGCAAUAUCAACAAUGCCGACAACGUUGUCAGAGGUAAGAACAAGGUCAGCAUGAACAACAACAAUGUCAAAGGAGGUGCGAACAACAAAUGAGGGAACAAGAGCAAGAAGAAGAAAGAGAAUGCCGCCACUGUACAAACACUAUGGACUAUUCUCGUGACCCACAAGAGUAAUAUCAACAAUGCCAACAACAUUGCUAGAGGUAGGAACAAGACCAGCGUGAACAACAACAAUGCCGAAGGAGGUGCGAGCAACAAAUGAGAGAACAAGAGCAAGAAGAAGAAAGAGAACGCCGCCACGUAGAAACAUUAAAUAAUGUGGAUUAUUCUCGUGACCCACAAGAGCAAUAUCAACAAUGCCAACAACGUUGCUAGAGGCAAGAACAAGGCCAGCGUGAACAACAACAAUGCCAAAGGAGGUGUGAGCAACAAAUGAGAGAACAAGAGCAAGAAGAAGAAAGAGAAUGCCGUCACCGUAGAAACACUGUGGACUAUUCUCGUGACACACAAGAGCAAUAUCAACAAUGCUAACAUUGUUGCCAGAGGCAGGAACAAGGCUAGCGUGAACAACAACAAUGCCAAAGGAGGUGUGAGCAAUAAAUGAGAGAACAAGAGCAAGAAGAAGAAAGAGAAUGCCGCCACUGUAGAAACAAUGUGGAUUAUUCUCGUGACCCACAAGAGCAAUAUCAACAAUGCCAACAAUGUUUCCAGAGGCAAAAACAAGGUUAACAUGAACAACAACAAUGCCGAAGAAGGUGCGAGCAACAAAUGAGAGAACAAGAGCAAGAAGAAGAAAGAGAAUGCUGCCACCAUAGAAACACUGUGGAUUAUUCUCGUGACCCACAAGAGCAAUAUCAAUAAUGCCAACAACAUUGUCAAAGGCAAGAACGUGACCCUGAAAGGCAAAGGCAGUGUCUGCAACGCUGCGUAGAGCAACAACAACAACAAGGCAGAGGAAUGGGACAAGAGGAAAACCCGCACAGAGAAAGCAGAGGCAGCGAGGAGAUGCAUUCACAAAGGAAUAAUCCUUACUACUUUCACUCACAAAGAUUGCAGUCACAUUUCAAAUCCGAACAUGGUCACACUAGAUCUCUUGAGAGGUUCACAGAAAAAUCUGACCUUCUUCGUGGCAUUGAGAAUUAUCGCUUUACCGUUUUCGAAGCAAAUCCUAACACCUUUGUUCUCCCACACCACAUCGAUGCAGAAGCUGUUCUUGUUGUCGUAAAUGGAAAGGCAAUUAUCAAGGUUGUGCAGAAAAACAGAAUAGAAUCCUUCAACCUUGAGUGUACAGAUGCGUUUAGGUUACCUGCAGGGACUACUGUUUAUAUAAUUAACCGAGACAACAACGAAAGGCUAGAAAUUGUGAAGCUCAUCCAGCCAGUCAACAAUCCUGGCCAAUUUAGGGGAUACUAUGUUGCUGGUGCUCAAAAUUCUGAAUCAUAUUUAAGGGCAUUCAGCAAUGAAUUAAUUCUCGAGGCUUCUCUAAAUACCAACAGAGAUCAGUUGCAAAACUUCUUUAGACAACAGAAGGACAAUGAUGGCCAUAUAGUCAAAGCCUCACAAGAGAAGAUCAUGGCAUUAAGUCAACAUGCCAUGUCUAGCAGCAGGAGAGGUCGCUCCUCUGGGGGUCCGAUGAGUUUGCAAAGACAAAGGCCUUUAUACUCAAACCAGUUUGGACGGUUUUUUGAGGCUUCCCCUGAGGAGCAUAGGCAACUGAAAGACAUGGAUGUCUUGGUCGAUUAUGCUGAAAUCAAACGAGGAGCUAUGAUUGUGCCCCACUACAACUCAAGGGCCACAGUUAUUGUGUAUGUGGCAGAUGGAACUGGGAGCUUUGAAAUGGCUUGCCCACAUCUUUCAACGCAAGGCCAAGAAUACGAGAACAGAAGAGAGCAAGAGGAAGAAGAGAGUGGUGGACAAUACGACCGCGUCACUGCUCGAUUAUCGCGUGGAGAUACUUUUAUUAUCCCGGCAGGUCAUCCAGUUGCUGUCAUUGCCUCUCAAAAUGAGGACUUGCGCUUAAUUGGGUUUGGUGUCAAUGCCGAGAACAACCAAAGGAACUUCCUUGCAGGGCAAGACAACAUAAUUAACCAGUUGGAGAGAGAGGCAAAGGAGCUUGCCUUCAAUAUGCCUGCAGAUGAGAUAGACCAAUUGUUCAGAACAAACCCGACUGAGUCUUACUUUAUGCCUAUAGAUAAGCAAAGUGAUGAACGAAGACAAGGGAGAGACCAACUAUUGACAUCAAUUUUGGACUUUGCAGCUAUCUUCUAA